UCUUUAUGACGUGUUACGCACGAGAGAGUGGGCGGGGCGGCGUAAACGUCGUGACGCGGGAAUUUUCAAACGCACAAACAAGACCAGAGAAUUCUACUGUUCGGCGUUCGGUUUUUACAUUAGAACGUUGCCAUUAUAACACUGACUGAACGCUUACUAGUUUAAUUUGUCGGCUCGUUGAUAGAAAGUUGGGUAGAUAGAUGGUUGCGCACUAUGGGCGUACACUAGCGCGUAAUGUUGGGUUAUACUUCCUGUUAUUACAAAAUAGCGACCUCCACUCACAUUAUACAUAUCCAGCAUCGUUUAAAAGAGAAUAUUGACGGCUUUUGAUACUUGGCGAUCAGAAAACACACAUGGAUCACUGUAGUGGGAGGCAAGAGGAGAGGAAACCAGCCAGCACGUGUUUUGGUCAGUAUGCAUACACUGCAGAGGAGUAUCAGGCAGUCCAGAAUGCUCUACGGCAGAAACUAGGACCUGAAUAUAUAAGCACCAGACAGGCUGGAGGAGGACAAAAGGUGUGCUAUAUCGAAGGUCACAAAGUUAUAAGUCUGGCCAAUGAAAUGUUUGGGUAUAAUGGAUGGUCACACUCAAUAUCUCAGCAAAAUGUUGACUUUGUGGACCUUAUCAAUGGGAAAUUUUAUGUUGGAGUCAGUGCUUUUGUGAAGGUCCAAUUAAAGGAUGGCUCGUUCCAUGAGGAUGUGGGAUAUGGGGUGAGUGAAGGCCUUAAAUCUAAAGCUCUGUCCUUGGAAAAAGCAAGAAAAGAAGCCGUCACAGAUGGACUGAAACGAGCACUCAAAUGUUUUGGAAAUGCUCUUGGAAAUUGUAUUCUGAAUAAGGAGUAUCUCAUAGCCAUCAAUAAAAUACCAAAGCAGCCACCUCCUCCUUUAGACCCGGACAAAACUAAACGCAGUGAUGGCGAGCCGUCUGUGGAAAAGGCCAGGUUCGACAGCCUGGUCCGUGCCAACAGCAGGGAAUUUAUCAAACCGCCGGAACCAGCCAACAUCCCCUUUGAGCGAACGGGAAGUCGCCCUGUACAAGGAGGGCAUGAGAGCGGCACAGGAUCCAGGACUUCAUUGACAAACAUGGCAGCGCAUUCUGGCAACACGUCAGCUCACCAGGAUUCUGAAAACAGGCCCAGCAACACCUCAAGGUCAGCAGCUGACAUGGCUGACCUGUCCUCGUCUGAUCCUCCACUGGACUCCAAGCAGCAGAGGAAGCUGAGACAGCAGCAGCUGCAGCAAAAGUUCAGACAGGAAAUGGAGGCAAAGAAGUUGCUACAGGAGCAGAAAACCCAGCCGUCAAAUGCUUGCACAGAGCCGGCGUUGCAGUCUAAGCAAGCCUUUGCCUGCAGGAGUGUCAGGUGUGUAGCGUUGUCCAUCGGUGGGUUUAUCGUUUUAGGACAGGCUGUAUGUCCUGUUAACCACAGUACACCAAAUGGACACCUGGUGACAACUAAACAGGAGGAGUAUCUGGCUGAUGACCCGGAAUUAUGGGACUUCACUCUGGAUGGCAUCGAUAUGCUCGACGAUCCCACAGCACCUCCUCGUCCCACCACGCCGAGCCAGCACAAGAUGACGACACGCAGCAAGACCCCACAGAGAGCCCAAUACCUGAGACCACCAGCUCAACCUCAGGGGCAUGUUGUUCCUCAAGGCCAGGGAGGAUAUGACCAAUUCAGAUCCUCUGAGAUAGGAACUACAGCAGGAGCAGACCUGUGGUAAUGAUGUUGUAAUUGUUAAUGAAGGUGGACAACAGAGCCCAUACAGACACGGCCAGAUGAUGAAGAAACGAAGAUUGGAGACGCAAUGAACUAUUUAAGAAAAUCUUUUGUUUUUAUCUAAUUUGUUUUUUUACUAACUUGUGAAUAUGAAGAACUAAAAUGUUUGUCACGUGGUCUGUUUUUGACUGAUAAACCUAAUUUGUAAUAUAUUUUAUGUUUUGAGAAUAAAAAUCUGUGGAAAGGA